CUGAUUUCGCCACCUGAGAUUCCAUUGAGAGUUAAACAUAAUGGAAUGUUUAAGCGGAACGUACAUGCGCUUUGGAUACUCCACCGAGGCCGUCGUUUUUGGACGCAGAAGACGCAUUUGCUGCCAUGGGACCGUGCCAACUGCUUACAUCACUGGUCCUUUGCAUGUGUUGUCAUUUUCUGUCCUCUACUGCAUGGUCGGUGAAUAACUUCCUGAUGACUGGACCAAAGGCCUAUCUGAUUUAUGCCAACAGCGUCCAGGUGGGCGCGCAGAGUGGGAUCCAGGAAUGCAAACAUCAGUUUGCUUGGGACAGGUGGAACUGCCCAGAGACGGCCCUCCAGCUGUCAACUCAAAAUGGAGUUCGUGGUGCCACAAGAGAAACGUCUUUUGUCCACGCAAUCAGUGCUGCAGGUGUGAUGUACACUCUUACUAAGAACUGCAGUAUGGGAGACUUUGAAAACUGUGGAUGUGACGACUCAAAGAUUGGACAGAUGGGUGGUAAGGGUUGGGUAUGGGGGGGCUGCAGUGAUAACGUGCAAUUUGGGGAGAAGAUAUCCAAACAGUUCGUGGACGCGCUGGAGAACGGGCAUGACUCGCGUGCAGCUGUGAACCUGCACAACAACGAGGCAGGCAGACUGGCGAUCAAGGCGACAAUGAAGCGAGCCUGUAAGUGCCACGGCGUGUCGGGAAGCUGCUCCAUCCAGACCUGCUGGAUGCAGCUGCCAGACUUCAGAGACAUCGGCAACUACCUCAAAGUCAAACACGAUCAGGCGCAGAAACUAGAGAUGGACAGGAGGAGGAUGAGGUCGGGGAACAGCGCCGACAACAGGGGUGCCAUCGCAGACGCAUUUAGCAGCAUUGCCAGGACGGAGCUCAUUUACCUGGAGGAAUCUCCCGACUAUUGUACCAAGAACAAGAGCUUGGGGCUCCAGGGCACGGAGGGAAGGGAGUGUCUGCAAGGGGGAAAGAAUCUCUCCCAAUGGGAGAGGAGGAGCUGCCGCCGGUUGUGCCAUGAGUGCGGCCUAAGGGUUGAGGAGAGGAGGAUGGAGGUUAUUAGCAGCUGCAACUGUAAAUUCCAUUGGUGUUGCACAGUCAAGUGCGAGAGGUGCACUCAAGUCGUCACCAAAUAUUACUGCGCGCGCAGGGACAAGGUGCGUAGGCCUCAAAACAGCACCAGGAAAAGUGGUAAAAGGCACCACGUCCAACGCACCUGAUUUGUGUAUGCCCAGAUCAUGGCCAAGACAGUUUAUUUUAAAAAUUCCUUAUUUAAAAUGUUUAAUUAGUUAAUUUUAUCUAUAUUUGAUGUUGUUGCCCAAAUAAUCCACACGCUGUCUCCUGCAAUUUUCUUGAUGAAUGUAGGCGUUUUUUCAUCCCACAUCGAAGGACAAUUUCCACUUGUCGCUUUGUUUAAAAUGCACUUUAUGUUCUAUAACAUG